AUGGCGACGCGAGCGGCCAGGCCAGAGAGGCGCCCCGACUCCCUGGGCAAAGGUGGCGCGGCUGGGCGGGUGCCCCAGAGACGCCCCCGGAGAGCCGAGGCGGCCGCCCCUGGCACCUCCGCGUACUCGGUGCUUCUGCUGGACCGACUCUUUCCCGCCCAGGGCCGGCCCUACAGCCGCGGGAAGCCAGCGCGGACACCACACGCGCCGGCACAGACGCUCUCUGGGGCGCUGCAAGACCCGGGGCGCAGCCUGGCGCCGCCCCGCUCUGGCCGGCUGCUGCGCCCACCUCUCCGCGGCUUGGUUCUUCCGCCCAGCUGCCUUCGGCCAGUGCGGGUGCGAAUGACCAGUGCGGGGCGCCUGCACAGCACAUUUUGCGCCGCGGAGUGUCCGGUGGCCGCCAGAGCCCCAGAUUCACAGCGCUUCCCGGGGCGUCUUCUCAGAGGCCGGGUCCCGCGCGGGGCGAGCGACGCCCGGGCUCCCCGGCGCCAGCACAAGGCGCGCAUCGACUGGACGCGGACGAAAAGAGGCGGCGUCUCGCAGCUCCUGGACAGUGAUGAGGACCCCGACAGCGGGGAGGACCCCCACAGUGACAGCGGGGAGGACCCCGACAGUGGGGAGGACCCCCACAGCGGGGAGGACCCCCACAGCGACGGCGGGGAGCACCCCCACAGCGGGGGCAGGGCGGCCCCCACAGCAGUGCCUGAGAGUGACAAGGGGCUGGGCGGCGCCGAGGCCUCCGGAGAGGAGAGAGCAGAGGAAGGGGCGAGCGGGCCGCUGACCGCCCAGCGUGAGGGGCCCAGGGGGCCCCUGCCCCUGCCGGGCGCUGGCGACUGGGCAGGCCCCGGGGGGCAGGGGGAGGCCUGCGGGGAGGGCGCCCAGGCGCAGGCCGGGGAGCCCCGGGCGAGUGCCCCGGAGGACCUGGAGGAAGAGCCCGUCCGCAGGGGCAAGCGGAGGUGGGUGCCCUUGAUGGCGUCCGACAGCGAGGACAGCGAGGACAGCGAUGUGCUGCUGAGGCCCCGCGGGAAGCGCCCCCGCAGAGUGCAGGAGGAGGAGGAGGGCGGCACGCCGGAGCGGGAGCCGGGGCCCAUUAAUGUCCUGUUUAACUUUUUAAUUUCGCACCCAUCUUGGCCCAGUAAAGGUGCGAUUCACGGAAGGCUGUUCUCCCCAAAGCAGGACCCCGAGGGCAAGGAACCCGGCCCAAGCGGCGACGAGGACGAGGACAAGGAGGACGACGAGGAGGAGGACGGGGAUGAGGACGAGGAGGACGAGGAGGAGGCAUCUGACGAGGACGGGGACGACUACGUCCUGGACGACUUCGUGGUCCCCAACGAGGAGGCGGGAAGCCAGCAGGAGGGAGAGCUGGUGGCCUGGGAGAUGGAGUCAUUGCGGCAGAAUCCCCUGUAUUCCUUCAGCGGCCCCAGCACUCACUUCGAGCGCGUCGUGAAGGCCCUUCUGAUCAACGCCUUGGACAGCUCCUUUCUGGGCACGCUGUACAACGGCCGCCGGCAGAAGUCGUACGCCCUGGACAUGCUGGCGGCACUGCGCCACCUGGACUUCGACCUCGUGCAGUCGCGGCUGCAGAACCUGUUUGCCCAGAGCCGCUGGAAGCAGCAGUACAAGGUGCGUCCGGCCGGACGGUGCGGGCAGGGGGCGCCGGGCGAGCGUCGGCGUCCGGCGCCCUCCCUGCGCUCAGCCACGCGCUCUCCUCCUGUAAGAUUGACUCCGCGGAGCGCCAGGUGGGGCCGCUGCGACGCGUGCGGGCUGCAGCGCUACUGCGCCUUCUCCGUGCGCCUGUCGGGGAAGCUGUACCACGCCAAGACCUUGGAGCCGGACAGCUUCAUGUUGCAGGACACGCAGGUGCGCCCUCGCCUGCGCCGGGUGCCCGAGCCCGGAGCCGCCCACUGUGGGCGGCCAGUCCCCUGGGCGGGAGGGGGAGGCCCGGUGUGCCGUGGCCGUGGGCGCGUGUGGGCCGGGUCUCCCUGGCGCUGGUCCCGGCCUGGCCGCGCUGCCAGGAGGCCCGUCGGCCUCCGCCGCCGCUGGGGAAGUAACGUGGCUUCGCGUGCGCAGAGGUACAACGAGCUGCAGGACCACGUGAGAGCUGCCGACUCCUUCAAGGAGGAGAAGUGGGAUCUGUGAGCCCCGGGUCGGGGCCUGGUCGUGCAGAAACCUGGACCGCGGCCCGCGCCCUUCACCUGGACGGCGGCCCGCGCCCUUCACCUGGACGGCGGCCCGCGCCCUUCAC